AUGGCCACCCCGCGGAGACACCCGCUCGUCUCACUAUGUCUGCUCCUCGUGCUCGCCGCCGUCGCUAAUGCAUUACACUUCUACCUGGACACCAACGAGAAACGAUGUUUCAUUGAGGAGCUCCCGACGGACACGGUGGUAGAGGGCCACUACAAAGCCCUCGAAUGGUCAGAACAGGAGCAGAAAUACGUCGAGAACACCAACCUCGGUAUUUUGGUCGAAGUUGACGAGCUCGAGACGGGACACAACGUCGUCAAGACACGCGGGCCUUCAGACGGCAAAUUCACGUUCACCUCGCACGACUCCGGGGACCACUCAAUUUGUCUCUCGAGCAAUUAUGGCACCACAUGGUUCUCGACAACACACAUUCGCUUGCACCUCGAUAUCGUCGUCGGGAAGACGAAACCGGACACGGAGCAGGACCGCUCACACGUGUCCGAGCUCUCGCAGAAGCUGCGGGACCUGAACAUGAAGCUUGAGGACGUCCGCCGCGAGCAGCAGUACCAGCGCGAGCGCGAGGCCGCGUUCCGGGACCUCAGCGAGUCCACAAACUCGAAGGCGGUGUGGUACACGGUGGUGCAGAUCGGCGUGUUGAUCGCGACGUGCGUGUGGCAGAUGAGGCAUCUUAAGCGGUUCUUCGAGGAGAGGAAAAUGCACUAA